CUCGUUCCGCUUGGUCGAAUUACCCACAAAGGAACUUACUGCAGGGUCUCCCGACCCCACCUCGACGAGGUACUACUCAUUCCCUUCCCGUCGCCUGGACGGUGGCGGCUGCUGCCACCAUGCUGAGGCGCGAUAUCAAAAUUGCGGGAGAAGCGAGGGUCAUCAAGCACAGCUGGCGCCCGCACGCCAGGGGCUAUCAUCUGACCUUCACGCUGCUGAGGAAGGGCACUGAGGCUGCGGCUACCAAGGCAAUAGGCCUGUGGUGGAUGACCUCGAGGGCGUUGUACGUAUGGCCCGAGAGCAUGUUGAUGACCUUGAAGAACGGGCUACUAAACGUCGCAAGAAGAAACCGGAAGGAGCCGCCACCAGAUCUGCUGCCGCUGCUGCGGUGGGUGCUGCUGCUGCCGAACGAGGUCCAAGGUUAGGAGCCGAUGCACGUCUCGCUCGCUCGGAUGAGGCGCUUCUUUUCAGCGGACCGAGGAGAAGCAUACAACCCACGAUGACUCCUCCACGACAACGGCAAACGGGGAGCUAUCGACGGGCACCGCGACGGGGCAAAGCAGAGCCGUGGUAGAGGAUGAUGUGUUGAAGGAGGAGCUGAGGGCGUUGCUGUGUGUCGGAGAACUUGGAGAGGCAGCGGCGACGAAGGCUGCUGUCGAUGCGGAGAACAUUCGCGCUCUGGUCGCCUCUAUAGAGACGCUGAAGCUACACUCCCACAGCAACAUCGGCCGCGCUGCCUACAACACCGUCGUUGCAGCAGCUGCUGGAGCGGCGCACACGUGCGAUCCUGACGACCCUUGCGCCCCGGAUGAGCCGUGCGCACCUGCUGAGCCUCAGGGUGCUGUUAGCCUUGCCGCGCGAGCACAGGGUCUCGGUGUGAGAGACGGCACGUUUUGUGCAGCGCGUACCCGGAUGCACAGGACUGACCACACCAUACCUCCACAGGAAGCUUUGGAGAAGGGAAGAUACCUCUGAGCUCCUCGCAAGGAGAGGAGCGACAAGUUGGACGAACGUGUCAUGGGUUUGGCGAGGAGGUUCUGGCACUCUGACGAUUUUUCUCGUGCGUCGGGGGACUCCGGGACGAAAUAUGUGGAGGCCGUCCGAGAAGGGAGG